AUGUCUGAGGAGCUUGGAUGUGCACAGAACCCAGACAGAACACUCAAGGAUGCUAGUGAAAUUGUUUUCACUUAUUCUAGAGAAGCUUCCCCUGUCAAUCUCUCAGCUCUGCUUCCAGAUAUCCAUGCUUCCACUGGUAUUCAUCCACAAACGAGUACAGUCAAUGAUACAUCUCUACCAAAGGAUCCUGCACAUAGUAAAGCACCAAAGUUGAAGCAUCAAAAGCCCCAGAAAUUGGGCAAGCAAUCCAGUACAGCAGCUGUAAAGACUCAGCAGUGUGUUGCAUACACCUAUGGAGAUAAACUAGAGAUCUUAGACUUUGCAGAGGGGCCUGGAAAAUCCUUAUCUCAAGAGAAAAUUGCUGAGCACUUCAGAGACUGCUUUCCUAAGCUGCACCAGUCUUCUGUGCAUGCUAUCAUUCAAAAUGCAACACAUAUUUGA